AUGGCUGAACACAGCAUGGAGGAAAUGACCGUGGCCAAUGGGACAUCCCCUUCUUACCUGCAGAAGGUCGGACCACCAGCCUCCAGCCGGACAGAUGAUGAGCUUCAGCCCCGCCCCUGGCCCCGCCCCAGGCCCCGCCCAGACGCCCUGCUGUCACAGCUGCACAUUCCUCCAUGCUCUGCGGUGUCGUUGCCAUGGCCACUAGAGUCACGCAUCACAGGGGGACCAACCAGCAGUGGCAGUAACAAUGAGGAGGCGGAGCCUGAGCCUCAGAGUCAUGCCCACUUGACCAAUCAGCUCCUGCAGGGGCAGGAAGAGGCGGAGACUGUGAUCAGUGGGCAGGGUGAAGGGGUGGGUCUGUAUCACUUUGAGGCAGAGGAGUCCCACCCACCCAAACCCUGGGCCCCUGUACGUCCCAGGACACUGGCACUGAAGGGCUACGCCCUCACUCUGGGGGUAGGGGUGCGAGUGGAGGGCAGGACAGUGGGUGGGGUGGCAGCUGAGGCAAUGUUUAGAGAAGGUGGGGAAAUGGGCAAGGCUGUGGGCAGGGUAGUGAUUGGAGAGAACAGGGACCUGGGUGUGGCUAAAUGGAGAAGGGAAGUGGGUGUGGCCACAGGGGGCAGGGAAAUGGGCGGGGCUACAGGGGGCAGGAAAGUGGGUGGGGUUACAUGUGGGGCAGCAGGUACGGAAGUGGGCGGGGCUACAGGUGGGACAGCAGGUAUGGAAGCGGGCGGGGCUGCAGGGGGCAGGAAAGUGGGCGGGGCUGGAGGGCAGCAGCUGUUGCAGUGGGGCCUGCAGAGGUCAGACAGCCUGGAGAGUCUCCUGAGCAGGUUUGGGCUGCGGGACGGGGGCCCCAAGGAGGCAGGGGGCCCUGUGGGAGGGCUCAGGAGGGCUGACAGCUGGGAGAGCCUGUACAGCGUGCUCCACUAUCCCCAAAACUGCAGCCAGGACACACAGAGGUCAGGUGCUGUCUGUCAGACAGACUCUGACUGUGAUUUAGGCAUAUAUGGGCACAGUCGGAGCACACAGACCCCCCAAGGGUGCGGUGUCUCUGCGGAGGACCCGCUGAGCCCCAGGUACAAGCUGGCCAUGCGUCUCCUGGAUCAGGCCCGCAGGAAGACCCGGUCCGGCCCAGUCCAGGCCUCACACGCCCUCUUACCUGAACAUACCUGCUUACCUGUACACAGCACCAGCAUGGCAAGGCUCCCAGAGAGGGAGGGGCCCGUGGGCGUGUGUGGUUACCUCAGCGACUCCUCGAGUGGCAGUUCGGGUGUGUCGUCACGGCGACGCUGCGGCCCCUCCCCCACGCGGGUGCGCUUCCAGGACGAGUCGGAGAUGGAGGCCGAGCGGCGCUACCUGGAGCGCCAGCGUUCCGACCGCCCGCCGAAGCCCCACGCCCCCCCGACCACCCGGGGGCGGAGCCAGGGCGGUCACUCCUCCUCCUCCUCCUGCCGCAGGAAGAGGAGGAGCUCACAGGGGGAGGCACUGGCCAGGGACAGGAGGUGCAGUUCCUGCGAGACCUUCAUGAGGGGCACCUCGUUGCCCCGCCCAAAGCCCGCCUCAAACCCCGCUCCCCUCACCCACCCUGGCCCGGUGGACCCGCACUGGGGGACGGUUCUGCCCCACUGGGUCACCUCAGGCCUGCCGGGGGAGGGGAGGAGGAGGGGGGGUAAGAGAGCGGAGAGGGGCACAGGCCUGGAUCUGCCCCCAGAGCUAGAGGAUUUCACUCCACAGCUGUACUCUACAGAACAGCACAGCCCCCUGAGCCUGCACCCCACCAGAGCCCCGCCUCUUGCCCCGCAUGGGUACUGGCCAACCACCGCUGAGUCCACAGGCCAGCCGAACACAGGUACAGGCAUCUCCCUACCACUAGGGGGCGGGUCAGAGUCACAGGGGGAGGAGGGGCUAUGGAUGAGAUCACAGUGGGAGGAGCCUUGUGAGCAUGCACUUGGACCGGACCCGCAGCAGGUCCGGCCCAAGCUGUCCCUGCGCCGGUUCUUCUCCGCCAUUGGGCUGAACAGCGGCAGCUGGCUCCGCCCCCGCCAGGCCUGCAGUGUGGAGCGACUGAGCUCCGCCCACCAACAGGGCUCCGCCUCCCAAACCCAAAACCCCGCCCCCAGCCCCGCCUCUGGGCACCACAUUUGGCUGAGAAAGACCCCCUCUCUGCAGUCACUGGGACAGAGGCCGCCCCUGAUUGUACUGCGGAGGUCAUCCUCAGUGCAGGAACUGCCAAUUCAGAUGAAGGAAGAACUCUCCAACUUGUACAGACAGGACGCGCCACCUCACAGUCCAUCUCACGGCAGGGGGCUCCAGCAGACUCUGAGCGUAGAGGACGUGGGGAGGCCCAGUGGGGUGGGGUCUCUGGGACGAGUCGCCCAGGUCUUCUCUGACGGGACCCUCCUCCUGGAGCUCAACAGACCCCACAACGGGCCCUUUGGGUUCCUGAUCAGCCGGCCCAACGGUCGGGCCGACUCGGGCGUGUAUGUGGAGCGUAUGCAGGGCGGGGGGAAGCUGUACGUUGGCCUGCUGGGAGAGGGGGAUGAGAUCCUGGAGGUGAACGGGCAGAAGGUCGCCGAGCUGAGUCUGGAGCAGGUCACCCGCCUGAUGACCCACAACACCACAGCCUUCCUCAGAGUGCUGAGCCACCGGCGGGUCCAGCGCUAGGCAACCACCGGCCGGGCACUGGGCAACAGUCAGCCAGUUUCUAGGCAACAGAGCGACAUGAUGCUGUGGGAUUGGUCGACUGGCCAAGCAAAGGGAAAUAAAUCCUGACUGAAACUGUG